CCAUUAUACAAUACACCGGAAUACGGACCAGUUGUUACCAAUAAACCGUUUUAGCUAUUUCAAACAUCAUUUUAGCUUACACGCUGGAUUUAUAAAGACUGUGUUACAAUAAACUACCUAAUAUUAGUAAUAAUAUUUCGAAAGGAGACGUAAAUCUUUAAAAUGAAAAAUCAUCAUCUAUACAGUUUCUUGCUGCUGUUUAAAUUUGCCGCCCUGUCUGUUUGCGACGAGGAUCCGCCUGGGCACAUGCAGCCGAUAUGCAACUAUCCUCCUGUACAGAGUGUCGCAACAAUGGACGACUUCCCCACCCCAGAGUACUUCUUCCGGUGGUUCACGUCGCCAGGGCAUCCAGUUGUGUUCAAGUCAGUGCUGGAUAAAAUCGACUUCCCAGCUUACCACAAGUGGACGGACGACUACCUGCGAAAGAAGUUUGGCAUGGAGUUUGCCCAGGUGGAGAACACCAAGAAAGAGACUCGGAAUCCUGAUGACACCAAACAGCGGUUCAUGUACAGGUUCCUGGACGACUACAGACAGCGAAACCAGUACAUGAUACACGAACUCAGCACCAAAAUGAGAGACGAUGUCCGUGUUCCUCGGUGUUUGCAGUGUGGAGGUUUUCACAACAGGGUUGACACAUUUCUCCUGUGGAUGAGCAGCGGCGGAACGACGUCGGUUUUACACCACGACAGCUACGAGAACCUGAACUGCAUCCUUGACGGCGUGAAGGUCUUCAAAAUGAUAGACAAGGAACUAAAAGAGCGAAUCUAUGCGAACAACUUCAAUGAAACAAUGGGAUACAGUCGAGUGGAUGUCGACAAGGUCGAUCUGCAUGAGUACCCAAAUCUUCGGGACAUUCCGUGGAUUGAAGCACGAAUUGAAAAGGGAGACUGCAUCUAUAUUCCGAAAGAUUGGUUCCACGUGGUAUACUCUUACGGUGACAGGAAUCUGGCAGUGAACACCUGGUUUUCCAACACGCCUGUAUUCAACGCGUCCGACUGUGAAUUGCGUGAGUUGUACAGCGAGGCUAACCAAUACUACAAGAACAAGGAUAAAACGGAGACAAUACGAGAUGCCAUCAUCUACAUAUUCAGAGAAACGACAAAGAUAGAGAAAAAUGACUUUGACCUCAUUCUAUUGGAAAGUGCCAGAACUGACGAAAACAGAAAUCAGAUUCUGGAGUAUCUGGAUGCAGAUCACGAUGGUGUUGUGUCAGGCGAGGAAAUCGAGACAAUGGAUCUUCAGCGUUUCGUGGAGACAUUUCUAGACGUCCUGCAUGUCCCGCCUUACACAGACGACCUGAAGAGCCAUCUACGGAAUGUCACGCAAAAUCAGAUCGACUCCUAUAGUCAUCUGUUUCGCUUGGCUCGCGACGAACUAUAAAUCAAAGGCAACGUGCGUGUGGCGGUUAGUUUGCUGUCACUCGCUAGACUUACUUCUGCAUUAAACGUGAAAUAAAUGUCAUAUAGGCGAUAAGAGAAAGGGAAAAAAAAUAAAAAAAUAGUCCAUUUUGUUGACGAGCGCUCACUCUCCUGAACACGCGCCACCGAUCUUGCUGUCCACGUCAUUUCCUGUCAGUAGAUGGACAUCAGCUAAGUCUGUGUCCAGUUGCUUAUUUGAACAAUUAUUUCGGACCUAUCGGUCCCUCUUGCAAUUGGUGCUUGCUGUUUUAAUGCUUAUGAGCGAGAGAGAGAGAGAGAGAGAGAGAGAGAGAGAGAGAGAGAGAGAGAGAGAGAGAGAGAGAGAGAGAGAGAGAGAGAGAGAGAGAGAGAGAGAGAGAGAGAGACUUUCGAAGAUUUUUCUGUGUUAAAUGGGAGUAAAAAUAUAUUAAAAUGACGUCCAUUUUGAAUUUUUAGAUGGUUGUCAACAUCAGAUGAAUAAUAAAAAUAUAUAUUUGAA